UGCAGCCGCCGUCGCGGCCGCCCCGCGCGCGCGACGGAGACGGCGCGACGCGGCGAGCGUCGGCGACGGUCGUAAGCGGCGUAUCAAUAAUACGUGCACGAAUGAAAUAAUAGAUUAUUCGUUUGUUCGAAUCGCCCGUAAACAAAAUGUUAACAUCCAUUACCGAGAGCGCUUUCGCCACGCGCCGCGCGCUUACGGCGCCGCCGCGAGUGCGACAGGGACGGCUGCAGGCGCGCGGCGCCGCCGGGGCCGGGACAAUGCGAGCGCUAUCUGUUUUUGUACCAGUCGACUGCGAGUUUUCACAUUAAACGAUCAUUGUAAGGGCGAACCAAUCAAACUGCAAAUUUAUACAAAUUGAUACUAAACGGGUUAUAUUAAUUUUAUAACAAAAAUUAAGUGUGUAAAUAAGUUGAGCGGUGCUGUAAUUAAAACUAAUUGGGAGUAAUAAAGUGAUAAUUAUUUUGUAUUAAGGCGGGAUUUUAACGGUAUUUUGACAUACUGCGGCCGCGGGAGAUCCUUUUUUUGAGGACCGUCGCUUCCUUGCUGUCCGAGCGAUAAAUAAAUUCAAAAAUGACAGUUGUGCCCUCGUGACCGGAUCCGGAAGUUCACGAGCCGUCAGUGCGUGUCUGGUGCUUUUCUCUUUGACCGUUGUUCGGAGUUGUGUGAAUGUUCAGUGAAAGGAAAGCCACGAUGUCGGCAUAGGGGGCGGCCAGGGUUGGCCUUUUAAGGCCAUGCUUAACAACCUCACGGCGACAGCUUUAGGAGGUCACAAAGAGUGCGGCGACAGUAAGCUCGAGCUAGAGCUGAAGCCGAGCGUGGAGCGGCACCAUGCGCCCGGCGGAGCGCGCCUGCUCGCGCACAGCAUACGAGCCGACCAUCUGCAAGGUAACGCUGACCGCACGCACACCGAGUGCGGCGUGCGGCGUGCGGCGUGCGGCGACACAGAGCUCGAGCUAGAGCUGAAGCCGAGCGUGGAGCGGCACCAUGCGCCCGGCGGAGCGCGCCUGCUCGCGCACAGCAUACGAGCCGACCAUCUGCAAGGUAACGCUGACCGCACGCACACCGAGUGCGGCGUGCGGCGUGCGGCGUGCGGCGACACAGAGCUCGAGCUAGAGCUGAAGCCGAGCGUGGAGCGGCACCAUGCGCCCGGCGGAGCGCGCCUGCUCGCGCACAGCAUACGAGCCGACCAUCUGCAAGGUAACGCUGACCGCACGCACACCGAGUGCGGCGUGCGGCGUGCGGCGUGCGGCGUGCGGCGUGCGGCGACACAGAGCUCGACCUAG